AUGGAUUCCAAAUCAAAAAAAUACGAAAUUAUUGAAUUUUUGGGCGAAGGACAGUUUGCCACGGUGUAUAAAGCUAAGGAUUCAGCCACCGACAACAUUGUUGCUGUCAAAAAGAUUAAAAUUGGUACUGUAGAAGACGCCAAGGAUGGUGUUAAUCGUACAGCUCUCAGAGAAAUAAAACUUCUUAUUGAACUUGAUCAUGAAAAUGUCAUUGCUCUAUUUGAUGUUUUUGGUCAUUUGUCAAAUAUAUCUUUAGUAUAUGAUUUUAUGGACACAGAUCUUGAAGUCAUUAUUAAAGACUCAUCAAUAGUAUUCACUCAGUCCCACAUUAAAGCGUAUACAAUAAUGACACUCAAAGGAUUGGAAUAUUUACAUAUGAAUUGGAUUUUGCAUAGAGAUUUAAAACCAAACAACUUAUUAGUGAAUAAAAAAGGUAUAUUAAAAAUAGCUGAUUUUGGUUUAGCAAAACGAUUUGGAACACCGGAUCGCUUGCACACACAUAGGGUAGUCACUAGAUUUUAUCGAGCGCCAGAACUGCUAUUUGGUGCACGUGCAUAUGGACCUGCUGUUGACAUUUGGGCAACUGGCUGUAUAGUAGCAGAACUUUUACUUAGAGUUCCAUUUUUACCUGGUGAAUCUGAUUUAGACCAGUUAACCAAAAUAUUUACAACCCUAGGAUCGCCAAAUGAAGAGACUUGGCCGGGUGUUGCUAAAUUAUCUGAUUAUGUAGUAUUCAAAAAAUUUCCAGCAAUUCCUUUAAGAGAAAUAUUCACAGCAGCUCCAAAUGAAUUACUAGAUGUAAUUGGUGGUAUGCUUAAUGUUAAUCCAUUAGCGAGACCUACAUGUUCUGAAGCAUUACAAAUGCCAUACUUUAGUAAUCGACCACCACCUUCUUUAGGUAGUCAACUACCAUUACCAUCUUGUAUCAGAGAUAGUAACCCAGAAGAUCUGGAUCAGGAUGCUAAAGGACAAAAAAGGAAAUUCACCGAUUAUUCAGAAGGAGGAACACAACCAAAACGUUUAGUCUUUGAUAACUUUGCAUAA